UCUUCCAUCUGGAAGGAGGCUGUUUAGUUCUGCGCAACUCAGAGAGGGAACAACCCGCGGUGCCUCCACAGACCAGAUCUCUGGACCACAGACCUUCAGUACUGAGAACAAUCUGAAAAGAUACUGGAGGAUUAAAAAAAUAUAUUUGAACCAUGAAGCGCGGACUCUGCGGACUGCCACUUAUUCACCUUUUUCUAACCUUUCCACUCAUCAUUGGAUCACCUUACCAAUAUAACAUGUUCCAGGGCAACGCGUAUUCUGGCUCCGACGCACGACAGAGAAAUAAAAACUGGUGCGCCUACGUUGUGCACAAGAACGUGAGCUGUGCCGUCGUGGGAGGCACGGAGAGUUUCGUGCAGCCGGAGUUUGUACCAUGUCCACCGGAGCUGCCAAACUGUGCGCAACAAGUGAUAUAUCGGACCCACUUUAAGCCCACAUAUAAGAUUGCAUACAAGACUGUGACAGAGCUGGAGUGGAAGUGCUGCCCGGGCUACCAGGGCCACGACUGCAGGGAGGUGAAAGACCUAAGACUACUCCAAGUAGAGCGUUUGCCUCAUGCUCCCUCUGCCUCUGGGCAUGUUCCAGUCCAACAAGCUCCAGAGCAGCAAACACAGGGCCAGAGGAACCAUCCAUGGAGAGGGGAGGGGCAGUUUGGAGGUCAGACAGGUCACAGGCCACAAGGGGGUCAUGGAGAAUAUCAAAAUGCACACCUGGAGGAGGAGGUGCAGCGACUGUCCCAGAUGGUCCUUGACAUGCAGGCAAGAAUGACAGAUAUGUCCUCCAGUCUGAGACUGGAUUUCCAGGAGGACGCCAGUAAAAUGCUACUUACGCUGCUGAAUAACGUUAGACAGCCUGCCAGUGCGAGGGGUGCCGAGACCCAAAGCAUCCAGGUGCAGGACUUCUCAUUUGCGCUUGAGACAACGCAGAUGGAUGAGGUCAUGAACAAGAUCAGCCAGGUAACAGACGAUCUAGAGUCCAAGAGCAAUACCCUGGAAGACCUGCUGGGCCGUGUCAACCGCCAUGACGGACAAAUUCAUCUGUUAAUGGAGGCUGCCCAGAACCAGCUGUCCACACCCCCUCCUGCUCCCCCAGCCAGUGACACAGACCUGCGUGGCUACCUGGACGAGAAGAUACGCGUGCUGAGAGAGGAGUUAAUGGAGGGCAUGGACAUCAAACUGGCAGACUUGAAGAACUCGUGCGAUUAUAAAAUCCUGUCAGUUCGGGAGCAGUGUGAGGGACAAGAAGCCAACUACCUCAGCCUUGCCGAGCUCAUGGACUCAAAGGAAACUGACCUCCGCAACGAGAUUCAAGACCUGAAGACCAAGCUGGUUGAUCCAGGAAAGGAAGACACACGGAUAUCUGACUCUGUUCUGGCUCAUGUGGAGAACCUUGAGAUCCGUUUGAACUCUUCUGAGAAGACUUUAGCGGCCCAGUGCCUCUCUGUGGAGGAGAAGCUAAAGAUUGAACGUGCAGAGGCCAUCAAAGACCUGAAGGAGACUCUGGAGGACAGGCUGGUCGCCAUAGAAGACACACUCACCAACUCCCCAUCUGGUGGUCAGCCAGAGAGUCAGGAUGCUCUGCAAAGGGACGUUAACUCUCUAAAGGGCUCGGUUCAAACUCUGGAGGAUAGAUUUGAUGUCUUGGACCAACUGUGCUCAAAGGAGUGCAAGGCUAAUUUGACUGUCGUAGAAAACAUUCAACAAGACUGUAGGACAGCUGUAGAUGCUAUGGAGAGGAGCCUAACAGCCAAGAUAAAUGACCUUGGAGCCACGGAGGGGCCACUCCUUAACUACAGCACUAGCAUUGAGAACAUACAUGGCGAGUUGGGCUAUCUGAAAGGACGUGUGGGCAGGUUGGAGGACUCUGUAUCAGAUGUAGUCCAUCAGCAGUCUCAGACCUUGCAGAGUCUCAACUCUACCUGGGGUCAAGUUAAAACAGGGGCUGAGCAAGAGGCCAAGGACCUUUUGGAGCUCCACAGGACUCAGCAACAAGAGCUGAGAAACCGGCUGGAGGAGCUUGGCAGGGAGGUGAAAGCCGAGGCUGACCACUGCAGAGAGCAAACAGAGGAUGUCGGGAAGGAGAUUGCCCACAUUGACAGCCGCAUUGUUAGUGUGGAGGGUUUAUGUGGCAAGCUGGACCCCAUCUCCAGUAGUCUCCAGAGGAUCAAAGAGGGUCUGAACAAACAUGUUACCGGGUUGUGGACUUGUAUCAACCAGCUGAAUGGUACAGUUCGAGCUCAUGCCCGAGAUAUUGGAGGAUUGAGGGGAAUUUACCAGAACCUCGAGAACCACGUCUCUAAUGUUGCCAGAGACCUUCAGGUGCUAACGAACAGCAAUCCUGGGAAGACAGGUGUUCAGGUUGCCGUGGAGGACGCAGGACUUCCCCAGGGUUCGAGUAAGAGCCUCCCGGUGCCGGUUGGUCCCCUGGAUGCCUCCUUCCCACAGCCACCUGUGAUCGAGACCGGAGAGGCGGGACCCCCAGGCAAGAUGACCUCGUCCAAGUUGCCCAAGGGGGCCAACGGUAGCAUGAUGCCCGUUCAGGGUUUUGCUGGAGCUCCAGCGUCCCCCCACAUCAAAUCUGCUGACUCGCUCAAGCCUGACACGCCACUCAUCAUAGAUGUGAGCAUGCCCCCCAGACCUGCCCCACAAAAACCUUCCCCAGCCUCAGGUGAGAAGGUGUCGUUCUCAGCUGGUCUGACUCUUUCACCGUUCAAGGGAGAGAUUGGGAUCAUUCGAUUCAACAAGGUGUUGGUCAAUGAUGGAGAACACUAUGACACUAACACAGGUAUCUUCACAGCUCCCACGGAUGGCCGCUACCUGGUGACCGCUGUGCUCACGGCCCAGCGAGGUGAGAGGGUCGAAGCGGUCCUAUCCGUGUCCAAUCGCAGCAUCCAGAAGUUGGACUCGACUGGCUUCUUGUCAGGGGUAGCAGCACCGCUGUCACAUGAUCAAUGUAACUGCAGCAGCUCAACCUCGCUAAGUCUGAUCCUGUCCCUGAGGAGAGGAGAUCGAGCCGGACUUGUCCUGAGCGCUGGAAAACUCGCCAUCUCAGCUUCCUCUGAGAUCCUGUCAUCUUUCAGCAUUGUGCUUCUUUACCCCAGCCCGUCAAAACGGUAGCCCUGCCCUUCUUAAAGACAACUGACACCUUAUGUAAGCCAUAAGUGGUGUAUGGUGUCCAUUAUUGAGGAUGCAGCCCACUAAUAGUGAUUUUAUCAGAGGAGAGGAAACUAUUUACAGAAGGAAAAAAUAAAUAAAAACACAAUACAGUCUCCCAAUAAUGAAUCAGAUUAUUUCUAUCAUGAGUACUAAUAUAUAGUGUGUUUACAUUGCAAUUAUUUUAUAUUUUAUAUUGUGAAGUUUUGUUUCUUACAAAUACAUAUUUCACUUGAACAUUUAAUUAUUGUCCACUGCAGCAAUCUGAGUUUCUUCCUUAAUAUUUAAAAACACAUUAACUAAUUAAUGUUAAUUAAUUAAUUAAUCUUUAGUGCUAAAAUUUGAGUUCCAGUUGAUCAAUUUAGUUAAUAACUGGACAGAUAUCAGUUUCUCAGAAAGACAAAAAAAGUUCUUGUUGAUACUCAAACUGUCAGUGUGCAAAACAAGCUUUGAUUGUCGUUUCAAAUAUAUAUAUAUUUUUGUAUUAAAGCAUCAUCCAACAUAGGACAUUUGAUUUAACAGUUUAUUAAUACAAUAUAUAUAGUAAAUACACUAUUAUACACAGUUUAUGUACAGCAGAGCUACAGUUAUGACACUAUAAAAAUCUAACCUCUCGCACUGACAAAUAAAAAGCAGAUCAAACGAUGAAAGAUGAAUGUAUUUGUCAAAAACAUAAUCCAAAACAUACUUUGUGCUUACAUUGUUAACGUCGUAACAAAGUCAUGCAAUCACACGUCUACAGAAAACACUUCAAGCAGCAGAACUGGGAAAAUACUGUGUGUUCACACAAAGUUUGUCACUUUCAUAGAAAGAAUACAACAAAUAUUACUGACGGCUGUUACUCCGCAGAAUCAAAACAAAAACAGGCGGGAACAUUAACAUACUGUAGUUUUCACGAUGGUUAAAUCAUUUCUGGCAGAAAACAUCAGCAAAGAUUUCAAAAUUCAUCAAAAAUACUUUCCUACCGUAAGUCUCUAGUUGAUUUUGGAAAAAUACUUAUAUAUUAUGUAUAUAUGAUACCAAAUAGCAGCAGUAUCUACAGCUCAGAAAGUGCUUUCUUAAACUUGAGCCGAAUCCUUUCACAUUCUUUUCUCCCUAGCAUAGUGGUGUAAGAUUUCUACACAUUAAAUAAGACUGUUACAGUGCGAAUAAGGCCUUAAAGGAAUGAAAACAUAGCUGCUAUAAAUAUUUAUUUGUAUUUUUUAUGGUAGUUCUCAAGUCAGAAAGAGAAAGACGGAGGCCAGUCUCAGCACAGUUAUUGUACCUUUACUGCCUAAAUUAGAGCUUAGGCAGUAUCUUCUCUGUAACAAGUGGUACAAACAACGACUGAUACGUCAUACUUUAUGCUUUUGUGUAUGCCAAAAGCUGACAGAGCCUUCAAGCGCAAAGAAAACUCUGCAAGUGCAUGAAGGGAAUUGGUCCCCAAUGAGAGGAUAUGGAAUACAAUAAUAUACCAAAAUGUUUUGUCUAAGAUGAUAUUAAACUAUUCCUUGCCUAUAAAACUGACAUUUACAAAGACUUAUUGGUAUUAAUCCAGUGCAUACAGUCGUGAAAUAAGUUACAUUGAUUUCAAGUAAUUACACAUUAAUAUCAGUUAAAGCAGCUCCUCAAAACACACCUCAGCGAUGGGUUGUUUCCAGAAACAGAAGGAGCUGAACUCUGGGCAGCUGAAGGUGGCGCUGUGUUGUGAACUUCGUAAAGGGAAAACAUGCUCCACCAGCUCACUAAGUCGGCUGUAUCUGUAAAUCAAAAACCAGUGGUGGGAACAAUAAAUAUCUGUCUGAGAGACACAAACAA